CCUGCGGUCAGUGCAGCUGCGGGAGGCCAUGCAGCGCGACGCCGCAGCGAUGGUGGGCUCGCUGCUGGGGCUGGGGCUGCUGCUGUGUGGUCUGGGCAGCUUGGCGAGCGCCGAGCCUAGGGCCCCGCCAGACAGGAUCGCAAUCGUUGGCGCUGGAAUUGGUGGCACUUCCUCGGCCUAUUAUCUUCGGAAGAAAUUUGGGAAGGACGUGAAAAUUGACGUGUUUGAAAGAGAAGAGGUCGGGGGCCGCUUGGCCACUUUGGAGGUGCAGGGUGAUGACUACGAGGCUGGGGGUUCUGUCAUCCACCCUCUAAAUUUGCACAUGAAGCGUUUUGUCAAAGAGCUGGGUCUCUCCAGUGUCCCGGCUUCAGGUGGCCUGGUGGGAGUGUACAAUGGCAAGGCUCUGGUAUUUGAGGAGAGCAGCUGGUUUAUAAUCAACAUGCUGAAGCUGGUGUGGCGCUACGGAUUUCAGCCCCUGAGAAUGCACAUGUGGGUAGAAGACUUGCUGGACAAGUUCAUGAGGAUCUAUCGUUAUCAGUCCCAUGACUAUGCCUUCAGCAGUGUAGAAAAGUUAAUGCAUGCCAUCGGAGGGGAUGACUACCUCAGGCUCCUUAACCAAACUCUCCGUGAAAACCUGGAGAAAGCAGGCUUCUCUGAGACGUUCCUCAAUGAGAUGAUCGCUCCUGUCAUGAAGGUCAAUUUUGGCCAAGGCACUGAGAUCAAUGCCUUUGUGGGGGCGGUGUCAAUUUCGGCUGCUGAUUCCAACCUUUGGUCAGUGGAAGGCGGUAAUAAAGUCGUGUGCUCAGGGCUUCUUCAGGCUUCCAGCAGCAAUCUUAUAACUGGCGCUGUAGUGUCCAUAGAGGAGACGACAUGGGCCAAGCAGGCAGGAAACCCCGCGAAGGUGUAUGAAGUGGUUUAUAAAACAGGGUCUGAGACCCGUUCCGACUUCUACGACAUUGUCCUUGUGGCUGCUCCGCUGAACCGGAAGAUGUCCAACAUAACGUUCCGUAAUUUCGACCCUCCCAUCGAGGAAUUCAAUGACCCAUAUCAGCACUUGGUGACAACGUUGAUUAAAGGAGAAGUCAACUCCACUCUCUUCAGCUCCAGACCCAAGGGUCAGUUUGGCCUCUCCGCGAUUCUUGUCACCGAGGACUCAGAUAUGUUUAUUAACAGCCUGUCCGUCGUAGCCUCCGUCAGAGAGAAAGAGGGUCCCGCACCGGCAGUGGAUGGUAGGCAUGUGUGGAAGACCUUCUCCAAGGACAUUCUCACCAAAGAACAGAUUUCGAAGCUCUUUCUUUCCUAUGACUAUGCUGUCCGGAAGCCAUGGCUGUCCUACCCUUACUAUGAGCCGCCUCAGAAGUGUCCCUCCAUCAUCCUCCACGACCGGCUCUAUUACCUCAACGGCAUCGAGUUUGCUGCCAGCUGCAUGGAGAUGAGUGCCAUUGCUGGCUACAACGCAGCUCUCCUGGCCUACCACCGCUGGAACGGCAACGAGCACAUGAUUGACCAGGAUGACCUGUAUGAAAAACUUAAGACGGAGCUCUGAGCGCUACCCCUCCCCAGAGCAUCCUGCGCUAGCUCAGUGGCGGCGGAGGAGAGGAUUUUGAAUCUUUACCAGCACUCUUCAUCUGGGUCAUGAGAAAAACGCCGUUCCCAUUUCUCAGAGAAUCUGUCAUUCAGCCAGAGUGUCUUUCACGCUUCCGUUUGGGGGGAGGUGCGGGAGGAGGAUUGACCCUAAGGCCCCCGUGCAUGCUGGGUAAGCAUUGUACUACUGAGCUACAACCCCCAGCCCACUUUGUGGUUUUUCUUUUGAGACUGGGUCUCAUUAAGUUGUCCAGGUGGAAUCCUCCUGCCUCAGCCUGGCUGUUAACUGUUCUGGGAAACACUGGAGUGUUUUCUGGGCUUGUCUGGUUUUAAGAGUCACCUGGACCCUGAUAAACACCUGGAUGUGGGUCUGGUGGGCUGG